AUGGCCUUUAAGUUUAUCGCUGCAUUCGCUCUCUGUUCUGCGCUGGUCGUAGUCAACGCCGCACCAUAUAUACAUCACGAAGAGAGCGGCGGACACGAGCAUGAGGUACACAGCGGCGGCUCUAGUCACGCAUCCAUACACUUGGUCUCACAUGACGAUCAUCAUGAUGAGCAUGGACACGAACAUGGUGAUGGCCAUGAUUCGCAUGCCGAGUACCAUUUCAACUAUGGUGUUAAGGACAAGAAAACCGGUGACUAUAAGGAGCAUAGCGAAAAACGUGAUGGCCACAAAGUAACCGGGCAUUAUGAGUUGAUUGAUGCCGAUGGCCAUAAGCGCACUGUCCACUACACAGCUGACAAACACAGCGGUUUCCAUGCCGUCGUACACCGCGAACCCACACAUCAUCAUGUUGCUGAUCACGGACACACCAGCUACUAUGGCGGUUAUGCCCAUCUCGAGGAACAUCAUGGUGGUGAGCAUGGUCAUGAACAUGGCCAUGGACACGGACAUCAUGGUCAUGAGAGCGGUUUCUCGAUCAAACAGGAGCAUGGUGUGCCUUUCCACCACGAAGCUCAUCACGAAAGCGCUCACGAAGGUGGUAGUGAAGGUGGCCACGAUGGUGGACACGGUUAUGGUGGUCAUUAA